AUGGAGUCGCUGCAGGCGUCGCUGUGCGAUCGCGCCAGCAAGGAUCCUCAAUCUUCAACCAACCACUUCAUCAAACUCCCCAAUGAGCUUGUCCUCGAAAUCAUCAACCUCUGCCAGACGCGCAAAGCUCUCUCACGUGUCAAUAAACAGCUUCGCUCGUUGACGAUUCCCUACAUCUUCCGGCGGAUGAGAAAGUGGAUCAACGAGGACAAGCUUUUUGACAGCCUUCAAGUCAUCGAGAAGAACCCUACCAUCCUGUCUGCCGUCCAACUCCGCUACGGCAACAAGACUCUAUCAGGCCCUCUUCGCAAGGAACUUCUCGAUAAGAACAUCGUCUUAGCAUCCAUCCGAAUCUUGACCUUUGGCAACACAUCUACCAUGAACUUCGUCCCCAGCACUUUCAUCAACUUACGUGUGCUCAGUGUCACCGUCAAGACAUCUCCCAAGAAGACGCCUGGACUGCAAGCCGCCUCGACGAAAUUGCAGCUAGAGGUCCUCGAGCUCAAGCAGGACAAUUGGACGACUGAAGACGUUGAGGAAAUCUUCGAACUCUUCCCUCAAGUCUCGAAGCUUCUCGUUGACGGCGAGCUGAAGAACACCAGAGUCUCAGCGCUCAUCCCCAUAUUCAAGCAAUUCAACAAUCUGCGAUAUCUUGCUCUGACCACUGUUCCCAAGGUCUAUCCCCGUCCAGGUCUUUUCGACGACGAGCUCCUCGAUGAGAUUGAUGAUCUUCGCGAGACACAUCCCCUCAAGGAGGAUCUGAUAAUCAAUGCUGUGGAGCUUUUCCAGCAAUGCCAGCAACUAGAGACAGUAUGCUUGAAGGAUGUUUUCGACGGACACGUCUUCCUGCCCACCAGAAAUGGUAAAGAGAUUACUGUCGAUGACAUCGUCUUCACCGAUGAGGAUGGGUUUACAUUCGGUUGGCCGGUUCUUUCGACUAUGUAA